CUCUUACCAUCUUGGCUUCUGAGAGACACUGACACUCUGGAUCUGACUCUGAAACAUGGCUGGAGGACGGGCGCCAUCAUCCCCGAGCUGAGGAAGGAGAUCAAGAUCAUGAACACGCCGCAGUACGUGCACAUGAUGACGUGGUUACAGUCACUAACUGGACUUAUCGAACAGAUGCAGGUGCACAGUGAUCCUGCAACUCGAGCUGUAGUUGAGGAGUGGAGCAGAGAACGAGAAGCCAUGAAGCCGCAGUCAAAGAAGAUCUUCAACCCACAGUUUGGGAGCCUCUUUCGCACAUAUCACAACCCCACCUACUUCUCCCGUCGACUCUCCCGCUUCGCUGACAUCUACAUGGCUUCCAUCAGCUGCUUGCUCAACUACGACCUCAAGCACACCUUUUUCCCUCGCCUCACUCCUCUGCAGCAUGAGGCUGGGGAAUCCUUCAGUUCAAACAACCUUAUACUGCCAUCUGUUAUGUCCACCAGCUCUGUCGACCCUGAUACCAUUUUUGCCAACAACGAGAUGAGCCUGCGAGACAUCGAGAUCUACGGCUUCGACUAUGACUACACGUUGGCUUUUUAUUCCAGCCAUCUCCACACUCUCAUCUUCAACAUCGCACGAGACAUCCUCAUCUCCAAGCACAGGUAUCCAGAGGGUCUUCAAAAAUAUGAGUAUAUUCCAGAUUUUGCUGUAAGGGGACUUCAUUAUGACGUCCAGAAGGCGCUGCUGAUGAAGAUAGAUGCUUUUCACUAUAUCCAGUUGGGAACUGUGUACAGAGGUCUUCAUCCGGUUCCUGAUGAGGAAGUAAUUGCCAUGUAUGAGGGCAGCCAUGUGCCUUUAGAGAUAAUGAGUGACUUCUAUGGCAAGAGCAUACAUGGCCACACAAUGAAGCAGUUCAUGGACAUCUUCUCCCUCCCUGAGAUGACCCUCCUUUCUUGUGUCAACGACUUCUUCAUGAGCCACAACAUCGAUUAUGAGCCUGUCCACCUCUACAAAGAUGUAAAGGAAGCUAUCAGAGAUGUUCACGUCAAGGGCAUCAUGUAUCGAGCUGUGGAGGCCGAUAUGGAGAAAUACAUUUGUUACGGUGAGCAAAGCCAAGCUGUGCUAAAGAAGCUGUCAGCUCAUGGAAAGAAGAUGUUCCUCAUCACCAACAGCCCCUUUGACUUUGUGGACCGUGGAAUGAGCUACAUCGUAGGAAAGAACUGGAGGGACCUGUUUGAUGCUGUCAUUGUCCAAGCUGACAAACCUAGUUUCUUCAAUGACAGGAGGAAACCUUUCAGGCGAGUGACAGACAAAGGUGCUUUACUGUGGGACAGAAUUCACCGGCUGGAAAAAGGGCAAAUCUACAAGCAGGGAAACCUCUAUGAGUUCCUGAGGCUCACUGGCUGGAGGGGAUCCAAAGUACUUUACUUUGGAGAUCACAUUUAUAGCGACUUGGCAUUCAGUGGCUGUGCUCUGGAGGUGUUGUCACGCAGGCGAUAUGUUCCCCGUGGGCUCCUCAGCAUCAGCAUCCCUUUGUGCUCCUUGAAGGCAGAGAGCUGUCUCUCUUCAGGCAGCAGCGCCAACAAGCUCAGCAAGGUGUCGCCUCUGUGA